CGGGCCCGCCAGCAGCCGGCUGAGGGCUGCAUAAUUGAUGGCGGGCCGGGCGCCGAGAGAGCGUCUCCGGGGAGUGGGCAAGGCGGCCGGGCCCCUCCCAUUCCGCCUUUUCUCCAGCGUCCUGUCCGCGGCACUGGCAGCGGGCGCUGGGCCACCGGCGAGUGUGCGCAGGGACUCCGGGCACCUGCGAGCCGUGGGAGCAGCCUCCACCGGGGCCGAGGCGGACCCCCCGGCGCCAUGCGCGCCCUCUCCGGCCGGCUGGGGGCCAGGGCGCCUACACCCCGGCUGCUCCUGCUCCUCCAGUGCCUUCUCGCCACCGCGCGCCCAAGCUCGGCCGACGACAGUGCCCCAGAUUCACCUUUUACAAGUCCACCUGUCAGAGAAGAAAUGUUGGAAAAAUAUUCUAACUUUUCCUUGCAGAGUCAUAACAUAUCACUGACUGAACAUUCUAGGAUGCCAGUAGAAAAAAAUAUUACUUUAGAAAGGCCUUCUAACGUAAAACUCACAUGCCAGUUCACAACAUCUGGGGAUCUAAAUGCAGUAAAUGUGACUUGGAAAAAAGACGAUGAGCUACUUGAGAAUAAUUAUCUUGUCAAUGCAACAGGAAGCACCUUGUAUACCCAGUACAGGUUCACCAUCAUUAAUAGCAAACAAAUGGGAAGUUAUUCUUGUUUCUUUCAAGAGGAGAAAGAACAAAAGGGAACAUUUAAUUUCAAAGUCCCUGAACUUCAUGGGAAAAACAAGCCAUUGAUCUCUUAUGUCGGGGAUUCUACUGUCUUGACAUGUAAAUGUCAAAAUUGUGUUCCUUUAAAUUGGACCUGGUACCGUAGUAAUGGGAGUCUACAGGUUCCUGUUGGUGUUCAAAUGAAUAAGUAUGUGAUCAAUGACACAUAUGCUAACGAAACAAAGCUGAAGAUAAAACAACUGUUGGAGGAAGAUGGGGGAUCUUACUGGUGCCGUGCACUCUUCCAAUUAGGCGAGAGUGAAGGACACAUUGAGCUUGUGGUGCUGAGCUUUGUGCCCCUCAAACCAUUUUUUGCAAUAGUGGCUGAGGUGGUUCUUCUAGUGGCCAUCAUUCUGCUUUGUGAAAAGUACACACAAAAGAACAAGAAGCAUUCAGAUGAGGGGAGAGAAUUUGAGCAGAUUGAACAGCUGAAAUCAGAUGAUAGCAAUGGUAUAGAAAAUAAUGUUCCUAGGCUCAGAAAAAAUGAAUCUACGGGCCAGUGAAUGCAAAACAUCAUGUCAAGAAUCAUGAGACUAUAAACAGAGUUCACAUUUCAGCUUUGUUUAUACUUCCUGUUACGAGCCUCUGAGUUUUUAGUUUUAAAAGGAUGAAAAGCUUAUGCAACAUGCUUAGCAGGAGCUUCAUCAAUAAUAUAUGCUAUCUCAGUUCUAAAGGUAUAUUUUCAUUUUGUAAUUAUGUUACAUAAAAGCAAUGCAAAUCCGAAAAAAUAUAUUCGAUCAGAAUAAAAUUAAUUAUAUUCUGAUCUUCAAAGGACACACAGAAAGGCAUCAGCAAAAUCACUUAAUACUUCAUAGAACAGAAAUCACUCAAAACUUGUUUAUUACCAAAGAAUUCACGGAAAAGAAAGCCUUUGACAUUUGUCUUAGAAAGUUAUUUUUUUUUUAAAAAUCACGUUUAUUAUAGACUUAUGUGUAACAAUUUUCAUGUAAAGACCGUCUUUCUGUGAUAGUGAAAAAGUAUGUCUUUACUAAGCUGGAAUGAAUACUUUCUGCAUUUGCUAGUGAUAGUUAUUUUACAAUCUCCGCAAGAAAAACGUACCUUUUAUCUGGAAAUAUUGACUUAAGGCAAAUAAGUAAAACUGCGUGCUUGCCCUAAAGCUCUGUCACUAAAAAAAGCAAAAUUCCCAGUCUUUAUUCCACUCAUAAAUACUGCUUUCCCCACCUGGCUCAAGUGCUUCUUGGUCUUUAAGUAGGGUUUUGAACUCCCUAAGGUAUACAAUUGCUCAUGUUUUAGGGUGCAGGUCCAUAUUGUGUAAUACAUGCAGCACUGCUACACUGAUGCUUUUGUGACUCAUAGUUUCCUGGUGUCUUUGAUUUAAUACCUGGCUUUCUGGUAUCUAUGGCUGGUUAAAUAUCUAAACAUGUAUUAUUAGAGCUUUACAAUAAUAAUUCCUUUGACUGAAAUCCAGAAGUACUAAAGUACUUCUUUUAUAUUGCUGUGAAUGCCUUAGACUUAUCUUCAAAAAUAGGAUACUUCGUUUCUAUUGCGUAUAUAACUGAAAUAUUUUAUAAACUCACUGUAAUCAAAUCUUAUGAAAUCUGAAUCGAUGUGAAAAGUUGUCAGUGCUUGAAAUAUUAAAAUCAUGCCACAGGGUACCAGGUAAAUGACCAUGAUGUGUCCUUGGGGCUUGUGGGUCCAGUGUCCCACUGCUCAUGGAGCAACAACUUUAAGAACAGAAGCAAAGAGUGAUGGUGAGGAACCCAUGAUUCUUGGUGACUAGGGGAUUUAAAGGUUAGGGAGGAAGAAUUCAAUGAUUUGAAAGAAAUACUUUAUAAAAACUUAUUCCAUGUAUUGGCUAAGAAAAAUAUAAAAUUUUGGUGAUGAAAAUUAUAUAACUAAUGUUUACCAAUAUUGCUACUAUGAAGAAUACACAUAAGGUAGUGACUUGGAAGCUGCUCAAUACUUUGUUGCUAUAGCAAAAUGCAGUAUUUUGUUUUAAAGCAUAUUAACUCAACAUAUAAGUUUGUUGAACUUGAAUACAUUCCCGGGUAAUGGCAAACUGCUUUUUAUUAUUGGUCUUAGGGCCAUGCAUUUAUUUUAGUUUAAUUCAUUAUUAUUUUAACAACAUCAUCUUGGGUGAUAUCCAUAUAAUGGCAGAUAACCAAUCAGGUUAAUUAAUCUAAACUAUUUGAAUUCCGAGAACUAUUAGUCAAACCUGCUGUUUGACUAAAUACAAUUCAAAAAAGUGUAUUUGUGACGGGGACUAUAGAACACAAGAAAACAAAUAUGUAGCUCAUCUGCAGUAUGCAUUCUUCCAUUUUACUACCACUAACCAUUGAAGCUGAUACAGUUUUCAAGUAAGAAGAAUUGCUUCCUGAAGAUAAAAUAAUCGGAAAUAUUUCUAUAAUAAAUUGAAUUUUAAAUUGGCAGUACUAUUUAGUUUUUUCUAGCAAAGAAUUUAUUUCAGUAACCUUAAGUAGAAAAAGUACUCAAAAAUUAAAGUUGAUUUUUGGCUUUUAAUAGUCUUUCUAGAGGUCUUCUAGAAAAUCACCACUAUUGGAUUAAAAAUGGACUGCUUCCAUUAACCAAUCUCAUAAAGAUGAUAAAUGGAUUAACAAAAACUGACCAACCAUAAAUUGACUACAAAUGAUAAGCAGCAUAAAAGCUGAAGUAGGAAAACUACUCCAAGUUUAUGUAUUAGGCACAUUGGGAAAUUCUUUUAAUCUUUCCAGCUAACAAGGAUUUUCAGCAUAAUAAGUAGAUUUAAUGAUGGCAUAAAAUUCAUUUAUGCCAAAGUGCAGAUCUUCUUUUGCAGUCUUUUUGUUAUUAUCCAAACAUCUAGCUGCUCAGGCCCAGAUCUAGAACUCAUUGUGAUAUUUUCUUCUUCUGUAUGAAUUGUAAUACUUACGGGUCAGGAAUCCCUGCUCCUUUGACCUUUUUAGUAGCUCAUGAAUCCACCCCAUUGCCUCCCCAAGUCUGCUCACACCAGCUACAACAGUUAAUGCCUUGACUUUCCUACCUCAGGCUCCUUUUCUAUCAAUCCCUCUUUUGCAUGGCUGCCCUGAGUCCACUUUCUCAAACACAAACCUCACUAUGCAACUUAAAGUGACAGGUACCACGUGGAAUCUCUGUAGGCUCACCUUCGCCAUUUCUUAAUAUCACAUGCUCCAAAUUGCUGUUCUCUAUCCAGUCUCUUGAGCUAGACUUGGCACACGGAGAUUCCACUUAGAAAGUGCUCUUCAUACUUCUACCUGCUUGACUAACCCCAGAUUAUCUUUUAAGACUUUAAUCUGAUCUUGUGUCUUGUAGAAGUCCCUGUACCCAGUAGAGAAUGUAUCAUCCUACAUUUUUAAAUAACUCCACAUUUAUUUGUUUUUAUUACUGUGUUAUAAAUAUACAUUUCUUGGUCUCUCUUGGAUUAUUUUAUUUCUUUGUCCUGUAGCUACCACAAAGGAUGCAAUAGAGAUGUCUUGAAAUGUGUAUUGAAUGGAUAAAUGUAUAAAUAAAAAUUAAAUUUUCUAAAUUUCUACUUAUUCCUAGAAAAACAAUCUAAAUUAUGACAAAUCGGAAUUGAAGAAAUAUUCUAAUAAAGAAAAAUAAACUUUUAUAA